GCAAGCAUCACUCACCCACUCCCAUCAAGCGAACCGGCAUCCACCCAGCCGCCCAGCGCCCUCACUCACCCAAGCAGGGCGUCAAUGAAAAUCUGCCUUCCCGCCCCGCCGUCGAUCCGGCAAAGACCGACACCGCGCUCCGCACAGUCAGAAGAGUCACAUAUCGCAGCAACACCUACAGACACGGAGAGAACCCUGUGGACCUAGCCUGGCUCAUGGACUGUGCUACUCGACGGCAGACAGGGCACGGGAGUGCGGAGGAUCUCGGAGCAUAA